AUGACAUGUUGGGAAACAGUUCAGCUAAGGUGUGCAAUCAAGACACUAACUUGGAGUGAUUUCAAGAUAGAGUUUGAGAAUCAAUUUUAUUCCAAUUACCAUAGCAAGGUGAAAGAAAAAGAGUUUUUAGCAUUUAGACAGGGUGAUGUGUCGGUAUUGGAGUAUGAAAGGAGGUUCCAUGAUCUCCCAUUGUUUGCCCCAUUCUAUGUGCUGACGGAGGAACAUAUGAUUAAGAAGUUGAGAGAUGGUUUGCAACAGGAUUUGAGACAAGGAUUGAUCGCCUUAAUGUUUAAAUCUGUGAGAGAGUUGAUUGAGGCUGCCCAAGCUCUAGAGGCUUGUAUUGGAGAAAGCCAAGGGGGAUAUCAAGGUAUAGGUAAAAAAGAGAUGGGGACUAUUUCAGUGGCAACCACCACUCCCGAAGAAAGGAAAAGGAUCGGUGACCACAAGGGUGUUGACUAUCGUUUUUGUAUAAAAUGUGGACAAAACACCCUAGGGACUGCUCAGUUUCCCCUAGGCGAUGCUUUAUAUGCAGAGGAGAAGUAUAUUCCUAUAGUGAAGGAAUUCCCAGAUGUAUUUCCUGAAGAACUACCCGGACUACCCCUGGAGCGAGAGGUAGAG